AUGGCGCCCAUCCCGGUUGCCCCUUCAAAUCCGUAUCUGGACGCGCCCUUCACAUCCACCACCCUCCUCACCCUCCGCACCUCGAAAAUGAAACCCAUGGGCAGCCUAAGGCUCACGACCGGAAUAUACAAACAGCCUCGCGACACCCCCGUAUUCUGCAGUUUUACGGGUCUGGAGAGCGAUGAGCAUGACCUUACCUUCCAUGGGGGUUUCGACAAAGCCGUGCAUCAGUAUUUCCCGGGUCAUUACCCUGUCUGGUCAGCAGAGUACCCGCAAAGCAAUAAUUUUGAGAUUGGAGCGUUUGGCGAGAAUCUCGUCAGCUUGUGCAUGAACGAGAGGAAUGUCUGUAUCGGGGAUACAAUUAGCAUUGGAGGCGAGAAGGGCGCGCUGCUGCAGGUUAGCCUACCCCGCCAGCCAUGCUUCAAGCUCAACCACCGCUUCAAUCUUAAGAACUUCGCUCCUCAGACUUGGAAGAAAUCCCGCACGGGCUGGUACUACCGCGUCCUGCGCGAAGGCUAUAUCUCUGCCGGCGACGAGAUCGUGCUUGUGGAGCGCAAACAUCCGGAAUGGACGAUUGAGAGGGUGCAGGAGUAUCUACAUCGCAAUAAGAGGGAUUUGCCUAUGCUUGUCGAACUCUCACAAAUCGAAGAAUUCGGUACAGAGUGUAAGAAUGCCUUUACUCGUCUACUUGCUGAGGCCAAGGAAGGAGAGAAGAAGAAGGAACCAGAAAUAUGGACGAAUUUCGUGCUGCAGGAGAAGACGAGACAGACGCCACGCAUUACAUCGUUUGUUUUUCAAGCCGUAGGUAAAGACGGCGAAGGCGAGGAACUGGAUCCCGGGUGUUUCGUGCGCUUGAAAUUGCCCAAUGGACUUAUCCGCGCGUACUCCGUCGUCUCAGGCGGUUCCCACCGCUUCCAACUCGGCAUUGCCCACGAGGAGCUGAGUCGAGGGGGCUCGAGAUACCUUCACGAGGAGCUCAAUACCGGGCAUACAGUACAAGCGGGUAAGAUUACCGAAGGUGUACCGAUCAAGGGCCAGUCAUCAAAUCACAUCUUCAUCGCGGCUGGGAUUGGCAUUACUGCGUUUCUGGGGCACGCCGAUAUAUACGACCGCAUCAACUUCAACUAUACGCUGCACUACGCUGUGCGUUCUGCAGAUGAAACGCCGUUCAAAGCCCAGCUUGAGAAAAUGGGGAGUAAAGCUGUGGUGUAUGAUAAGACGAAAGGGGACCGGCUUGACGUGAAUAAGAUCUUGCGGGACAGGUUGUGGAACUCUUUCGUGUAUGUUUGUGGGCCGCAGCGGCUGAUUGAUGAUGUUGUUCGUGCGGCGCAGGAGUUGGGGAUCGGUGCGGAUGAGAUUCAUUAUGAGGCCUUUCAACCGAAUGCUGGAGGAGAUCCGUUUUCGGUUGAGGUGAAAAUGCCGGUGGUGGAGGGCAAGGGGAAGAAGGGAAGACUUGAGGUUGGGGAGGGGGAGACGUUGUUGGGGGUGUUGAGGAGGGAGGGUUGGGAUGUGGAUAGUAGUUGUGAGACGGGGAAUUGUGGAACUUGUCAGGUUAAGGUGUGUGAGGGGAAGGUGGAGCAUAGGGGGAGUGCUUUGAGCGAGGAGGAUAAGGAAGGGGGUGCGAUGUUGAGCUGUGUGUCUCGAGGAUUGGGGAAUUUGGUGGUCGAGUGGUAA